AACAUUACCGAUGAAGUAUUAUUUCUGUAUAUUAUCAUCAUUGAAGUACCUGAAUCUUGCGGAUAUUACGGAGUACCUUCGGUUAAACCGUGCAAUUUUCUCGAUGAACGUCCAAUGGCAUUCGAUCAUACAUCGGUGUACGCGUACCUCAGCAAAUUUUCAUUUUUAUUGAGGGACUUGAACCGAGGUGAAAAUUAACCGAAAUGGAAAACAUACCGAUGAGUAGUCCUCGAGGCAGAACGUUGCAAUUGACACUGGUCGACAAAGACCCUCGAGAAGCAUGGUCAGGCAAAGUGGACUUCCUGCUGUCGGUGAUUGGAUUCGCGGUAGAUCUAUCGAAUGUUUGGAGGUUUCCAUAUUUAUGUUACAAAAAUGGCGGAGGUGCGUUUCUCAUACCAUAUUGUAUUAUGUUAUUCGUCGGAGGAAUACCAUUAUUUUAUAUGGAAUUAGCCUUAGGUCAGUUUUACAGAAGAGGAGCGAUCACAUGCUGGGGUCGAAUAGUGCCUUUAUUCAAAGGUAUAGGAUAUUCGGUUGUACUGAUAGCUUUUUAUGUAGAUUUUUAUUACAACGUCAUCAUAGCGUGGGCAUUGAGAUUUUUUUUCGCCUCAUUUACCGAUUUGUUGCCUUGGACUACGUGUAAUAAUCCGUGGAAUACGCCGUUUUGUCGUCCGCUGUCAUUCAACUAUUGGAAUUCGAAUUUCACACAUAAUGCCACUUUAUACGGCGGCGGCCUAAAUGAAACCGAAAACAGUAAUAGUACAGAUGAAUAUCCCACUCAAUCCACAAUCGAUAAAAAUUUCGCUUCUGCUGCAGCUGAAUAUUUUAAUCGAGCCAUAUUAGAACUGCAUAGGAGUAAAGGAUUACACGAUCUCGGGUCAAUCAAGUGGGAUAUGGCUUUAUGCUUGUUCAUCGUUUACCUAAUAUGCUACUUUAGCCUUUGGAAAGGCAUAUCUACUUCAGGAAAAGUAGUAUGGUUCACAGCCCUAUUCCCUUACGUGGUGCUUUUAUUCCUACUAAUACGUGGAAUCACGCUGCCAGGAUCCGGCCAAGGUAUAAAAUACUACCUUAGUCCAAAUUUCAGCGUCAUUACCCAUGCCGAGGUCUGGGUCGAUGCAGCCACACAAGUAUUUUUUUCACUAGGUCCAGGUUUCGGUGUUCUUCUAGCUUACGCGUCUUACAAUAAGUAUCACAAUAACGUAUACAAAGACGCGUUACUUACCAGUUUAAUCAACUCGUGUACAAGUUUCAUCGCCGGAUUUGUAAUAUUCGCGGUGCUCGGUUACAUGGCCCAUGUAUCCCACAGGCCAAUUCAAGAAGUAGCCACCGAAGGUCCGGGACUGGUGUUCAUCGUUUAUCCGGCAGCCAUCGCUACGAUGCCAGGAUCGACGUUCUGGGCAUUGAUAUUUUUCAUGAUGUUAUUAACGCUCGGAUUGGAUAGCUCGUUUGGAGGAUCUGAAGCGAUUAUUACUGCCUUAAGUGACGAAUUUCCAGUUAUAGGAAGGAACAGAGAAAUAUUUGUGGCCUGUUUAUUUACGCUGUAUUUUAUCGUUGGACUAGCAUCUUGUGCUCAGGGUGGAUUUUACUUUUUCCAUUUACUAGAUCGGUACGCAGCCGGAUACUCUAUGCUAUUCGCUGUAUUAUUCGAAUCCAUAGCAGUAUCAUGGAUAUAUGGAACCCAGAAAUUCUGCGAUGAUAUCAAAGAUAUGAUAGGUUUUGCUCCAGGGAUAUACUGGAGGUUCUGUUGGAGAUUUGCUGCGCCUUUAUUUUUGAUGUUCAUUAUCGUUUACGGAUUAAUGGGUUACGAACCUCUGACGUAUGAAAAUUACGAAUAUCCGACAUGGGCCAAUAUUCUCGGAUGGAUAAUCGCCUGCUCGAGCGUGGCCAUGAUACCAGGUAUGGCAUUUUAUAAGCUGGCGACGACGCCGGGCACGUUUUUCGAAAGACUAGAUGUAUUAAUUACUCCAUGGAGGGAUCACCAUCAACGUACAACUCGUCCUAUAUCGUUAAAUGGUAUUGAUGUCAUCGAUUCGGCACAGAUUCGUUUGACUAGUCCAGAAGCGACGGACGAAGUAUAAAAAGUAAAAGUGAACGUUAUGAGAAUGAGAAAGUUGCAUUUGAUUUUUCUUCCAGUUCCAUCGUCGACGUUGAUAAAUUUUCUGAUGGUGUUGGCGGCGUCGGUCGAGCUUUUUAACGCAGCUGGUUUGUUAAAUUAGGUAUAUUUUGGUUAUUCUUGUUAAGUCAGCAUUUCUGGAAGCGCUUAUAAUGACAAUAAUUAAUUUAUAGGUUAUAAUAUCUUUUACGGCUUUAAAUGUAAUCUCAUCACUGUGUAAUUUUAAUGUAGGUACCUGUCAGAUAUAGAAUGUAAUCAGCGUUUAUAGGUUUUAAUAGUCCACCAAGAAGAAAAAAAUUUCAACGAGUGUAAAAUUUAAACAAGUUAUACUAGAAACAUGGUUCGCCUACCAUUAUUAAUCAGUUAAUCACUGAUCGGUCUUUGAAAUUUGGCAACGACGUAAACUAUGUAUAAUUAUUGGCCAAAUAUUCGAAAUAUUCUAUCAAAAUGUCGAAUGUGAAACGAAAACCAAAAUCUAUUAAGCCAUUAUUCACAUAUUAGAUUAGUCUGGUACGAUGGGAUGGUACCUAAAUUGUCUUGUCUUAGAAUAUUUAUGCCAUAUUAAAGGCAACAAACACUUUAUAAUGUACGUAGACAUCUACUUUUUUUUCCUUUGUGUUAUUAGUGUUGAAUUUUGAAUUUAUUCUAAUUUUGUUCCUUCGACGAAUUGACUGUGUUGACAAAACACUGCCAAUACUUACCAAACAUUUUACACUUUAUUCGAUUUAUUCAUACUUACGUUGUACCUACUUGUACAUAUUAGAAUUUUGACAUAAGAUGGCAAAAUGUUUAGAAGGCCCAAUCGUGGCAAUUCAGUGAAUUUGAAAGCAUCCAGAAACAUGCUUUUUAAGCUUCCUAAACUGAUGGAAAACUUUCCAUUUUCCUUAAUUUUAGUUGAAUGACUAGUUGACUUUAUUUUUUUUUAAUAUUUUUGGAUCCUUUUAACAAAAUGUACCGGUACCUGAAGGGUAAACUUUUUCUAAUUCUGUGAGUGGAAAUUUUUCACUGAAAAAUUAUCAAAAAAUAUUACAAAUUCAGUUUACAAUGGUUUUGUUUUUUUGGGGGGGGGGUAACAUUUUUUUGAAAAUUUGCAAAUAAUUAAUGUCUGGGUUUUGGAUUACCUACAAAAAAAUGCAAAAAAAAUUAUCUCUUCUUCGUAAAAUAUUAAACAAGUCCAAAAAAAGAGUUGGAAAUGAUAUUUUCAGAUAAAUGAAUUUGCCAUUAAAAAAAAAAAGUCGACAGAUUUUGACCAAAUUCAGUAGAGACCUUCAUUUUGAGUUGAAAAUUACCCAUAAAAUUUUUUAGCUUCGGAGGUGUCCCUGGAGGAGAGAUUUAGGCUCCCAAAGAAAGAAGAUUUUGGAAAAAAUCUUGGUUCUUUUGCUCCUUUCACACAACUUGUUUUGGGGAAAAUGGCCCAGUCUCAAAUGACAGUAUUUGAGAUUCUGCAUUCCACAUUAAUUACGCCAAAAUAUUGAGAGAUAUCAUUCCUGAUCCUGAUACUGGGAAAUAUUUUGGAACGCAGUAGUGCGAAUUUUUCAGACAGUGUUGCCAAUUUCAAAAAAAAACGAAAAAAAUAGCCAAGAACUGAGGACUUUUUUUCAAUUUUUUGAAAGUAAAAAAUUAUAGAAAAAUUGGUACUACUGUGUUUCCAAAAUACUUAAUUCCUCGGUUUCAUGAAUGAUAUUUUUCAAUAUUUUGGCACAAUUGAUGCAAAAUAUUUGCCAAGAAAAAAUUUUCAAAAGAUGAAUUUAUUCAAAAAUCAGCGAUUUGAAAAUUUUCAACCGCUCAGCUUAGAACCCUAAAAGUGGUCUUGAAUAAUUAUGACGUCAAUAGCAUAGAUCGACACAGAAUUUCAAAUAUUUUCAUUUGAGGCUGGGUCAUUAUUCCCAGAACAGGUUGUGUAACGACAAGAGCAAAAAAAACACGAUUUUUUUCAAAAAUCCCCCUUUCUUUCAAGGCCCAGAUGUCCUCUCCAGGGGCACCGCUAGCGUUAAAAUUCUUUGUGGGUAAGUUUCAACUCAAAGUGAAGGUUUCUGCUGAAUUUUGUCAAAAUCCGCCAUUUUUUUGGCGAUUCACCCUAAUUUACAAGUAAGUAUUUCUUACAAGCGAGUAAUCCCAAUUUGCUUCAGAUCGGAUCAAGAAAAAUAAAAAGAACAUCCAAUGAUCCAAAGAUACAUCACCAAGUCAAUUUUCAAAUGUUGGGAUUAAUUUUGAGAUUUUGGAAAAUUUUUAAAAAAUUCAAACAUCCAUUUUUCAUUUUUUAAAAAGAUGAAUCAAAUUUACUCAAAUUGAUCUGUUUCAAAACUUCAAAAUUGCAUGGAUCCUUCAAAAAUGAAGGUAGGCUAAUCCCAAAAAUUGCAAUUUUCAUCUAAAAAAAUAAUCUACAAGUUCCCUAGGUCAAAUUUUUCAUUUUGGCAAAUUUUCAUUUUUUGGUUUUGCUCAUUUUCUAGACUUUAGACGCCCGUAGUUUCUUCCCAUGAAUAGAUAGAGGGGCUUGUAGGUAGCGCGCUGUGUUCGCCUCGACGAGAGCUACAAAAUGGUACUACUCCCGUAUAAAUCUCCCAUGUCACAAAUUCUCGAGAAAAAAAAUGAAGAAACAGAUUUGGGAAAGUGUCCAAAUUAAUCUGAAAAGUCACACGAUUAGUCGAUUCGAGUACAUAGGACAGAAUUUCAUUUUGGCCCUUUUUAUGACAAUUUUUCCAAAAUUAAAAGAUUCAAAAAUCCGCUGAAGUGUUUAAAAGGGCUCAAAAUGACCAUCGAUCGAUUUAAAAAGUCGAAAAUGGGCUGUAAACCAAUGUUCAGAUUUUUACUUCAAUCUGGCCAAAUUCUCAUUUUUUUUAGAUUGAAAAUAAGUUGAAUUCGACUUUUCAAAAAAGUCGCUUAAAAUCGAAAAAAUAAAUUCAGCAUCUCGAAUUUGGUCUGGUGAUGAUCUUUUUGAAUAUUCAGUUCGGAUCAAAAAUGUUUCCGACCUUAGGAAUCUCUCUAAAUUAAUAAAGACAAUUUUCUAUCCCGAAGAAAAUCUCCAAUUCGAAAGCAUAUAAUCAAAACCUCCUACAAUAUCAACUCAUGUAUUAACUAUGAGAACUCAGAGUUGAUUUAGAAAACAAAAUCAACUCCUUAUCAUAUUAAAGAUAUACUCACGUGCAUUCCUACUAACGAGUCGUGUCGUUCAUUGAUCACGGAAUGUUUCAAAUUCUUCACAUGGUUGUUGAACCGAAGUGCGGAACUAUUGAGAAAAAUAUUUUGUAAACAUGGUUUAAAUAAUAUUGCAAACAAAUUGCAGUUAUUUUGUCGCAACUGUGAUGUCAUACUAAUGUAUAUAGUAGGCAUUCUUAAUCGUACACUCAAAAUUAAGAUUGGACCAAAAAUAAUUUUGAAAAUUCUACCCUUUUUUUUUCAAUCACAAAAAAAAAUAAUCAAAAUCUCUAAAAAGAUAAAUUAAUUAAUAAAAAAAUCAACUAAGUUCAAAAAAUUCAAGAAUAUUAUUUUUUGUAAAUUUUUUUUACUUCAUUUUUACUUUCCACCAAGUUUAAUGAAUUUUGCUUAUAAGUUUCUAUGUACCUUAAGUAUAGUUAUUAUUUUAGAUGAUUAAGUGAGUUACUAUUUAUUUUCAGGGAUUCAAAACCUAUUACAUUGAUCAGAACCAAAAGAUUACCUACCCAAUAUAAAACAAAAACAAAAAACCGAAAAAUUUUCGAUAUUUUUUUGAUUUUGACGAAUUUGUCUUCAAUUUUCCAUCACUGUUUGUGGUUUUAUGAUCACCAAUUUGAAUCCCUGAUUCAAUUUUGAAUUUUGAUAUAGGCUUAUUAUACUACAAAAAAAUCAAGUUAUUGUUACGAUUUUUUUUUUUAAAAUUCUUGGCGCGUACUUUCGUAUUAAUUGAAAGUUAUUUUAAUAAAUAUUUAUGAUUAGUUUAUUUAUAUAUUUACCAAAUUCUAUGUGAAUAAUACUUUACAUGUGAUAUAUUCAUUAUACGCAUUUGAUUAUCAAUUCCCAUUUUUCCCUUUCCAAAAUUGUAUUAGCCUCUAUAUCUGUUAUGUAUUUCAGAGCUCUAUUGCUGAAAUUUUCAGGCACUAACAGGGUGUCUACAGGAUUUGAAAAAUCAAAUUCCUUGCUAUUUCCUUGUUUUUCCUUGCCAUUUUCCUUGCUUAAAAAUUUGAGUUUAAAAAGACAACCCCCCCUCCCCUUGUGUGUAGGUAGAGGUACUCGUUUUGUAGGAAAUUUAUAGACUUUUUUCAAUCAGUUUAAUUCUGAGGAAACAUUACGAAGAAAAAAAAUUGGCGUGAUUGGAAAUUAAAAAUGUAUAAUAAUACGAAGACAAUCAAACAUGGGCUUCACAACAAUUCGACUUGAAAAAAAAUUAUGAAAUAUAAUAAUAUGAAAUAAUAACAGCGGUGUCCAAUAAACUGAAAAAAGGUAGAGCGAAAUUUGCCACUCACUCUGAUACCCACCACCACAUUCCCCUCCCUCCCAAAUUUGUACCUUUUUUCGUUGUUUUUGUGAUUUAUUCAGCUUUUGAACUUUGAAAAUUGAAUCUUAAGACGAGAAGAGAAGGGCGAAGAUUUUAACAAUUUAGAGCAGUAAAAUCAUUUUAAGAAGAAGUUUCAACGCUAAAUUUUCGUGCUUUUAGAUGUUUUUGAAAGAAAUUCCUCGCCUCUUUUCGCUAGGUACUCGUAUUUAUUUGUGCUGCAUAAUAAAAUUUUGCGUUUUUUGAGGUACAACCCUGAAAUUUUAUAACUUUCGAUUUCAAAGCUAAGUGAGGGCAAAAGCUUUUGAAAAUUGAUAAUAAUUCAAAAAGUAUAAGACCAUUUUUCACUUUUGACUUGUUUAAUUUAAGAUUUUUCAAACAAAAUAUUAGGAAAAAUAAAAUGAUUCAGCCCGAGCGAAGCGAGGGCGAAAGAUUUCGAAAAUUUAUGAUUCAAAAAGUAGAAAUCAACAAUUUUUAAUGAGAAAAAUUACAAGGAAAAAAUGGAAAUGCAUUAUGAAAUUGAAAAUUCAAGAGGAACUUUUUUGAAAAAUCCUUGCUAUUACCCAGAAAUUGUCAAAAUCCCUGCUAUUUUCCUGCUUCCUUGCUACCUCGAGUGAAAUCCCUGCUAUUUCCCUGUUUUCCUUGUUUUCCUUGCCAGUAGACACCCUGACUAAUGAUCGAAAUAGUAUCAAAAAUAAGAUAGUCUUCAAACAACAGAUAGGUCUCAGUACAUAUCUUCACAAACCAGGUAGGUAUUGUACAUAUAUCUGUAUAAAAUAUUGUUUUCCAACCAAACUUUCAGUUCAUUGUCAAACGUUCCACUAUUGGCAUUACCUAAAACCAGUUUCACUAACCAUCAAUAUUCUCUUUGGAGUUUGCAAGAGUGAGGGACACAGGUUAUUGUUGUAUUUGUAUUACACCGAAUGGUUUUCAUAUCCACCCGUAAUCCACCCUUUCUCCAGGUUGCUAAACAACCCCACAAACAAUCAAAAUCUAUUCUAUACCCAUAGGCCAUAAGAGAGUAUUCACAUCAUGCAUGAGCAAGAUCCUUGCAAAGCUGUGAAUACUGUAAGUACAUCUCAUUUACAAAUACUAUUAGGAUGAUUUUUUUCAACUUAUAAAGUUGAGAACUUUUUACUCGUUCCUUUUUUUUUUGUGAAUCAACUGAUUCAAGUACAUCUGUGAGUUGAAAAUUCGACUCGAAAUGCUCAAAAUUCGGGAUCAAAUCGGACGUAUUAAUUUAAAAUAUUAUUAGGUACGAAAAUUCAAUCGAAUACAUAAUAAAUAAGGAUUGAAAUCCACCGAUAAUUUUAAUAAGAUUAAGAUUACCUAUACGUUUAAAAUGCAUGUACCUAAUUAGUGAAACAUUUAUAAUACUCAAAAAUAUGUAAGUAUAAGAUAUUGUAAUGAUUUUUUAAUUUAAUGUUUAUAAGAAAAAUGAGUGUUGUGCUGAGGUUUGACCUCAGAUUUUUGAAUGUUGAUGAGGAUAGCGUUAAAAACGAAUGUUUUCUUUUAAUAAAUUAUUAUACGAAAAA